UUUCUUCCAGUACAUCCAGUAACAAUUUUCCACGUAUCAUCAUCCACCAUAGCUGAAUUCUCUCUAUAUAAGGUGUCUCUUCCUGAAGGAUGCUCAGAGGUGCAUACGAGCAAAAGAAGAUAUUUUGAUCCACUCUUUGGGAGACCAAUUUCUAUUAUACUAGGCGGCGGUCGCCCACGAUGAUGCCUUUCAAGGGAUCUGGCCUUGUGCUCCUCACCUUUCUGGUGUCUGUUCUGGCACUGGGAGCCUAUUGUGAAACCCCCUAUGAGAAGUUCCUAAGGCAGCACUACGAUAAUCCCAAGAGCAACGUUGGAAAGCAGUAUUGUGAUGUCAUGAUGAAAAGACGCGGGCUGGACAAACCAGCAUGCAAGGAAGUGAACACCUUCAUCCACAACACCAAGAAUAACAUCAUAGCUGUGUGCACUGCAUCUGGAGGGAAGGAUUAUGGAAACGGGCUGAGGAUCAGUCUCCGCCCCUUCACUGUCACCACCUGCAAGCUCAAAGGCGGCUCAACUUGCCCACCUUGCAAGUACUCUGAUAACAAAUCCUUCAGAUACAUCGUCAUUGCCUGUAAUCAGAAUGGGAAGCCUGUGCACUUUGAUGAAAGCAUCAUUGUAUCAUAGGAUUUUCAAGGCCCAGAUAAAAAAAUUUAUGUCAUCUCCUACACCUUCACUGAAAAUGUUUGAUUUCUUUAGAAGCUUCCAGUUCUAAAACUGAAUCAAGAAGAAAUGUUUAAAAGAGUCUUUGCUAAUUGUUAAUUACCAUGUUGAUUCCCUGCAUAUGCAUUUGUCCCAUGUCUGACCCCUGAAAGCUCAAGGGUACAGGAGUGUGUGUGUGUUUCUAAUGCAUGUGGAAAUAAAAAUCAUUUGCUUUAA